GAUUACAAACCAAAAGUUGACACGUGACAAGAAAAGAGGUUCUUAAAAGACAGUCCGCUUCUGACACCACACAGAUUCUUGUAACUUAAUGCAGUUACAUCACAUCGACAAGAUGUUAGUUCAAAGUGUUGUACCCUUGCUUGUCUUGACCAUGCUUUCGGUCAGUUCGACCGAUGGGUGUUAUUCUUCUGAUUUCAAGCUGGUAGAAAGAAGCUUAGUGGAAGAGCUAUUGGCGGAGAGAAAUUUGGGGAAAGAGUAUGCCUCUCUGGUUCUCAAUGACAAAAGAUAUCUUGAGCUAAAACACGAGUUAUACAAAUUGGAAGAAACUUUAAAAGUAAAUGCGUGGCACGCAAACGAUCAGAGAAAUCAAGUCUUUGGAGGUAAAUGUAAGAAAUGGUUCAAUCAUAUGUGCCUUGGAGUCGCAGUCUAAUCUACACUGCAUGGAACCUGGAACCAGCAAAGAACUUAGACAGCUGAUCUCAAAAAUUGCUCCAACGAUUUUCCUAGAAAAUUAACAGUUGAUGUGUAUAGCUUGGAAAAGAAUUACUAGCUACUCAAACUUCACUCGUGGAUUCAUGUAUUGAUACAAACAAUUUACAUCUAAGGUCGCAAUGGAACAAAUAUCAAUGGCUCAUAAUAAAAUAUAUAUUCUA